CGGCAAUCGCGGAGACAGUUCAGAAGCUGAUAGAUGCUAAACAAUCAGCAGAAUUGAAUCCCACCAAGAUGGAUUCACCCGACGACGCUUGCAAUAAUGCUGAAUUUCUGCUCAUGAUACUUGACCAGAUAACGCUGUCAAUCUUCACGUCGCCUGAAGCGUGCCCGCGGCCGGUUCGCUAUCUAUGCGGCUGUCUGCAGCGCGCCGCCGUCGCCAAGUGGCCUAACGAGAGAUUUGUCAGGACACGGGUUGUUUCUGGGUUCAUUUUCCUGCGGCUGAUCUGCCCAGCGCUAGUGGAGCCGCGCGCCUGGGCGCUGGUGGCGAGCGCGCCGCCGCCGCACGCGCAGCGCUCGCUGUUGAUGGUCGCCAAGUGUCUGCAGAACUUGGCCAACCUCAUCGAGUUCGGCGCCAAGGAGCCGUACAUGGAGGUGGUGAACCCGUUCAUCCUGAAGAACAAGGAGCGCAUGGUGGUGUUCCUGGACCAGCUCAGCAGCGUGCCCGACCCCGGCAACCCGCCGCCCAACUCCAAUAACAACUUUGAUAUCGCAAAAGAACUGGCAACACUGCAUCACAUCUGCGUGUCGCAUCUCACGGAGCUUCAAGGCCUGGCCAAGAGCCAGCCCGCCAUCAGGAAGCUGGUCACCGUCACCGAGAUGCUCACCAAGCACAAACACAAGUACCUCGAGAUGAUCAGAUAGGACACAGGGUAAUUUGCCGUAACUCCAUCGGAAAUCGGUAACGCGUUAAGUAAGGUUUAGGAUAAGUUGUAUCUCUUAGUCGGACACGCGUAGUCAUUGUUAGCUUUAGCAAUUAUGUUAUAAUCUCGUAUUACGCAAUCAACAUUUAUUUCCAUGCUUCCUCGUGCCAAAAGUCAUGGGCGUUUAAAACUACACCGCUUAAAUUUAUCUCUUUAGAGUAACAAUAGAUAAUAUUACAUUUAUAAUAAAAUUAAUCUCUUUAGGUAAUUAUCGCACCGAAUUUAAUUACAAUGUUUCGGUAUUAUUACCCUGUCUCACGUUUUAAAAAUUAAUUUAAACGCCCAUGGUGUAGCAAUUGUAUUACAAUUUACAACAUAUUGUAUUAAUUAAUUUUAAACUGCCCAUAAAGCAUUUAAUUUAUGUGGACGCUCUCUAGUAUUGUGAGACAUUUAUUAUUAGACAUUAUUUAUUAAGAUUUAUAUGAAUGAGCAUUUACUAUUUCAUUAAGUUCAUGGAUGUAUCUGUAAGAAGGGUAGACGUGCUAGAUGCGUAGAUUAUGAUAAAGUAUUGAACCUAUUGCGGUUCAGUUUCACAACUUGUUGCCUUCCAAAGACAAUGGAUACUCACGUAAUUAAUGCAUUUGAAAAGGUCACAAAGUAUGAGUAAUUUGGAUGAGUGUCGUGCACUAUAAGGUCACAAAGUGAUUACGGAGAAGGUGAAGCUAAUUAAAGGUUUUAUUUGCCAGAAGUAUGUUACUGACUCAUGCUCGAGUCAGUUAAUAUUACUCGAUGCGCUUAUAAAUGUUCUGGAAUAGCGGUAUCAAAUUAUGGACACCCUUGUAUGUCUAGAUAGCGAGAUCACAAUGAUGAAUCAGAAAACAACAGCAUCUAGACUCUUAACUCAAUGCAAUGAGGUAGAUAAUCGCUUGAUUGGAAUAAUAUUUCUAAAAGGUGCUCCGUUUCUUUUGGUACUGACUACGCCGGGAACAUUAAAAAUUGAAUGAAAGAAUGAAUGAGUAGCACAAUGUUAUCGACCGAUGAAUAUUCGUAAUCGCAAAUAUUCGAGCUGAUAGUCAGCCGAUUUUGAUCCUAAAAUCAAUAACGGUGGAUUUGAAUUUAGUUGUAACGUACUGAGAUUGUUUCAGGUAUAUUCACAAAGCUAAAUAUGGCGCGCUACAAACGCGAAGGUUCGAUCGCACGCAUUUAGAUUUGUGGAUAUACUUAAAAAGUUUUAAUCAUUACGUAACGAUUUAGUUGUAAGUUUUAUAUUUACCGCUUUUAUUAUGUGUACAACUUAUUUAGCAUUUAUAUUAUACUUGAGUAUUAUGUAGAACUUGCGCAGGUGAGCUGAUUGUAUUUUGAUUUUCCAGGCACUAAAGUUUUGAAUGAUACAAAGUUCAUAAUUAACCAAAGAGUUUAAAAUACGUUUAGUAAUAAAGGCUGUUGCAUAAGGAACAUAAAAGUACAUUGCUCUUUUCUUGAAACCCUCUUGAACCGGUAAAGGAUCUGUAUUAAGUUAUUGAUCAUACAAGGAACUUUGAAGAAUAUUUCAGACUCAGGCAUGUAGCUCUCCUGCGUAGGUUAGUACUAAAUAAGUAUGUCAUAAGAAGUACUGCAUAGGCGUAGUUUUAGUGUAGGCAUCGACGACCAUCACAGGUAAGACACCAAAAAUGAAGUAGCAAAAUAUUAUGAAUGUGAUAGACAUGGUUAGGCGAAUGGUGUUCUUUACUUUAUUAGAACCUUAUAAAUGUGACGUAGCACUUAAAAUAUUGCAGUGCACCAACUCUGUAUUUAUUGAUUCUCUGUGAUAAUUAUUGACUAUUCCUUUUCAUAUAAAUAACUGCAUUUUUCUCUGUGAUUUUAUUGGUUAUUUGAAGACUUGAGUUCUAAAGCGUUUUAAACAUUCAUUUAUUGUCAGUUAAAAAGUUAUAAAAUGGUAAAAUUUUAUAGUUAAACAAAGUAAUAAGUUCAUACUUUUAAUUUGCCUUUUUAUACGAAGUUUCAUCUACAUAAUUUUACUUGUGCCAUAAACUGUACUUAUUAUUCUAUUUUGAUCGCUCACAAUAUGUUAUUAACUAAGUUUUGUUUCUUUAAUAGUGGGCAUUAUUAAAUAGCAAUAAAAAGCAAGUUUCACAUCUAACUAUAUUAUGCUUUUUUGUAGAGAUACUGUAUUGAAAAACGUAUAAUAUGUUGAUUCUAUUUUUAUUAACUACUGAAUAGUAUGUUGAAUAAUGCUUCCCUAAACGUUAUAAAUUAAGUUCCAUUUAUUGAGACUGGGAUACCAAUUUUUUAAUUAACCCCUUGAACGAAAAAGUAUAGAAGAAUAAAAUACAACAAUAAGAUGUGAAGAACACAUUACUGAUAUUAUUUAAGUCUGAAAUAAUACAUUACGGAAAAGUCACAUUUGAAUGUUUUUAGUAGAUUUUUAUUGUUUUUAUCCUUCUAUGCUCUUUUUGUAUACUACCUACAUAAAACAAAUCGCUGAUUCUCUAAUGAAUCGACUGUGACAGUUAUGAAGAAUUGGAGCUUGUUGCUGGCUUGAAUGCAUCGAAGUUAUGACGUUCAUUUAUUUAUUUAGCAUUAGCUUUAGGAUUAGUGGAGUGCCACUGCUAUAUCCGAGUGUGUUGUUUAGCUUAUGAUAGGGACAAUGUCUAGACUGAUUUACGCUCCAAUUAGAAGUGUUAGUAUAUAAUGUAUGCACUAGAUUUUCCACGAAAUUGUAACAAAGAGUGAUAAUAUUGCAAUAUUCGGCCCUUAUAAUGUAAAACUUUUGAUACUGAAAUUCAAAAAUUACUAUAACAAUAGAAUUUGGUUAAAAUUUUGACAUGUUUUUUCUGAUUCAGAAAUAAUUAGUGGCUGUAGAUGGGAUUGUGUAAUUAGUUACAGUUCAAUUGUCAAUAUCGAAUAUUUGUUUAGAUGUUUUGCUACAAUUAUACAAUAUGAUAAAAUAUCUAUAUUUUUUGUGGACAUAAUAAUAUUUUUUAUUUGUUUCAUAAUAUUAUUUUCAAUGCAAUAUUUACUGAGAAUAUUUUUCUAUUUUGAUGAUGAUCAUUUUUAAAUCACAAUUAUAUUGAUUGAUAAGCACUUGUUGAUAUCUGCAAUAACAGGCAGAUUUGUUGCAAGUUUUAGGUUGCAUCCGAACUAAUCUGUGUUACAAAAGUUUAUUGUUUUCAGUUGAUUCUGAAACAAACAUGUUUCAUCUGUAUAAGU